ACUUAGGUGGUAGGAGUGCAACUUACGGGAAAAAAUUUACAUAGUGGACUCGGAAGAAGUUAAGUCUAGGUCUUAGCAAAGCCAAUCCCAAGUUGUGCAGAAAAGAAGAGAAACAGCGUGCACGAUCUUCAUUCACAUUUUCUGUUCCCUAUAAGAUUGCAUAUCAGCAACAGGAAAAAAAAAAAUACCGUUUCGACAUCCGUAACGUCAUAUUCUGUAGACCCUUAUUGGAAUACUAGAGUACUUCAGAACUGAAAAAUGUCGUGGUUCAAAUCUGCCAUGAGCAAAGCCGUGGAGGUUGGUAACAAGAACAACCUCACCCGUACCGUCAAGAACUAUGCUGACUCCGUUGUUCAACAAGCCGGCCAAGCUGUCGCCGAGGGAGCCAAAAUCCUUCAGGAUCGUAUUGGAAAUAGGAACUUCAAAAGUUUCAAACAGACGGUCAAAAGAUUGGAAGAAGCUUCUGUUUCUUGUAGGGGACCAGAGAGGGUACAAUUGAUGAAAAGGUGGUUAGCUGUACUUAAAGAAAUUGAAAAGAGGACUGAGGUUUCUUCUGAAGAUAAGGAAAAGAUCAGCGAGCACCAGUAUCCUUCCGAAGAAAUAAAGGAGAAUCCAAGAAAACAAUGUAUGGUUCUCUAUUAUGAUGCGGAGUUAGGUGGUGAACCAAUGUACUUCGGUGACGUCUUUCUUUACAGUCAAGCUUUGGAGGGCAUAACAAUAUCUAUGAUUCUUGAAGCGCCAAAUGAAGAAGAAGUCUCUCUCCUUCUUGAAUUGUUUGGACUUUGUCUCACGGGAGGAAAAGAGGUGCACUAUGCAAUAGUCAGUAGUAUCCAGGAUCUGGCUAAAGCUUUCUCAAGCUACCAAGAUGAAGUAUUGGUGAAGCGAGAGGAGCUGCUCCAGUUUGCAGAAAGUGCUAUCACUGGUUUGAAAAUUAAUGCGGGUCUUGGGAGAAUUGAUGUUGAGGUCUCCUUGUUGAAGAAAAAACUUGAUGAAAUAAAUGCAGCAAAGGGCCCAAAUAGUGAGGGUCAUGAAUUGACGUCCCAAGAGACUCUUGCUUCAAUAGAGGCACAAGAGCGAAGGAGGCUUAUGAGGCAGGAUGAUAUGGUUGAAGGAGCUUUGACAGCCAACCACAACACUCAGAGCAAGGUUCUGAAAGAAGCACUUGCACAUAUUCGGGUCUGCUCCAAAUUAGAAGGGCUUCUACUGAAGAAAAAAACUCUUAAAUAUGGAGACUCUCCUGAAGUCCAUGUUCAGAAGGUUGAUAAGUUGAAAGUCCUGUCUGAAUCUCUUGCUAGCUCUACCUGCAAAGCUGAAAAGAAGAUCUCUGACCACAGAAUUCAGAAAGAGGAGGCAUUAAAAUUUCGCGUGGCCAAGACUAGUGAAGUUGGUGAAAUAGUGGAGGAAUUAGCGGCUGAGAUUUCUACACUGGAGAAACAACGAGAUGAGAUUGAAGCUCAAUUGAAACAGGUUAAUAUCUCAUUGGCUGCGACUAAUGCACGCCUUCAAAAUGUCCAAGAAGAGAGGGACCAGUUCUAUGAAGCUAAUGAUCAAAUUGUUGCUCAUUUGAAAACUAGGGAAGAUGAGCUGACAAAAUCCAUUGGCUCUUGUAAAGUCGAAGCAAAUAUUCUUAGUACAUGGAUUAAUUUUUUGGAAGAUACUUGGACACUUCAGUGUUCCUUUACAGAGAGUAAAGACAAGGAGGUCAGUAUUGAACUCGAAAAGCAUGAGGUUUAUUUUGGGAACUUGGUAUUGCAACUCCUCUCUUUUUAUGAGAAAGAGUUGAAGCCUUCUAUUUAUCGCAUAGCUAAAUAUGUUGAAAACUUGAAGACCAUAGGUGAAGGCUCUGCUGGGUCAAAAUCAUUGAGUCCUAGAAAAAGUCUGGAGGAGGAAUACUUGGACUUUGAAGCCAAGAUUGUGACCACCUUUAGUGUAGUUGACAACAUGAGAGAGCAGUUCUACACUCACCAACAGAAAAUCUGCAGGAAAGAUGAUCCAAAAAUAAAAGAUCUAUUUGAAAACAUUGAGAAGCUAAGACAGGAAUUUGAAUCUAUUGAAAGACCAAACCUAGAAAUGGAAAUCCCUGUUGAAGAGGGAGACACUUCUUCUCAUGUAAUGGUAGAUGAUAAUAUUUCACAUCCUUCAGAGCGGGCCAUAGAAACUUCUGUAGCUGGGGAAAAGAAGAAAAAUGAGCCACCAUCUGCCAAAACAGAGGAGGUCCUGGACCCUGAAGCAGAGUUAGCAAAGCUAGAAUCUGAAUUUGGUAAGAUAAAUCGUAAUUACGCUGUGGAGGAGAUUGGUGACUGGGAAUUUGAUGAGCUGGAGAAGGAGUUGAAAUCUGUGGACUCAGCAAUGAGCAAAUAGAUAGACACCUAUUCAGAUAUAUUUGGUCCUUUUCUAAAAAAUGUAUUAGUCAUGUAUGUAUACAGGUUAAGCAACUCUGAGAUUUAAGCUCCUAAAUACACCAAAUGUUCUUUGUAGGUUGUAUCACUAAAUGCAGUUCCAUCGAUUACUUCAUUCUGUAAAUUCUCAAAGUUGUGGUUGUAAAACACCAGUUCACUAGAUAAAUCUGUAGGAAAUUUGUCUAGCUAUAUAGACUGUAGACAUUAAUGUAUCUUCCCAACCAAAGAUAUGUUCGAGCUUUUGAAAAUGAUACUUUUCUUAGAGAAA